UGUAGGGAGGCGGCUGAGCGAAGUAGUGGGGGGGUAGGAAGCCAGGGUUAGAGGCAGCCGGUGAGGCUAGAACCCUGAGCGUGGUCGUUUGGAGCAAAUAUGUCUGUCCGGAGGCACAUUGGGAAUCCAGAGUAUCUGACCAAAAGGAUACCACAAAACCCAAAGUAUCAGCAUAUCAAGUCAAGACUGGACACAGGUAACAGUAUGACUAAAUACAUUGAGAAGCUAGAAGAGAUCAAAAAAAAUUAUAGAUACAAAAAAGAUGAACUUUUCAAGAGACUAAAGGUUACGACGUUUGCCCAGCUGGUCAUCCAAGUUGCUUCUUUAUCCGAUCAGACACUGGAAGUGACAGCUGAGGAGAUUCAAAGGCUAGAAGACAAUGAUUCUGGGACUUCAGACCCUGACGCUGAAAUCACUGCCAGGACCAAUGGGAAGGGGAGCCCCGGCGAGCAGUCGCCGAGCCCUGUCCAGUUCAUAAACAGCGUGGGAGCCGGGGACUCCAGCCGCUCGACACUCCAGAGCGUCAUCAGCGGUGUUGGGGAACUGGAUCUAGACAAAGGGCUAGUGAAGAAAGCAGAGCCCAACACCAAAGACAAACCUUAUCCCGACUGCCCCUUCCUGCUGCUAGAUGUGCGCGAUAGAGAUUCUUACCAGCAGUGCCACAUUGUCGGAGCUUACAGUUACCCAAUUGCAACUCUGUCUAGAACAAUGAACCCUUAUUCAAAUGAUAUUCUCGAAUACAAAAAUGCCCACGGCAAGAUCAUCAUUCUCUACGACGACGACGAGAGGCUAGCCAGCCAGGCGGCCACCACCAUGUGCGAGCGAGGAUUUGAAAACCUCUUCAUGCUUUCUGGAGGUCUGAAAGUCUUAGCUCAGAAAUUUCCAGAAGGAUUGAUUACGGGUUCCCUGCCAGCAUCUUGCCAGCAAGCCCUUCCUCCUGGUUCUGCCCGGAAGCGAUCGAGCCCCAAAAUGCCACCCGCACCAGCUGAGAAUAAGUGGAGAUUUACCCCAGAAGACCUAAAAAAGAUAGAAUAUUACCUGGAAGAGGAUCAGGGUCCUGCAGACAAUCCCAGCCGGCCGAGUCCAGCGAACACCUGCGGAAGAGACUCCAAGCUUCCAAGCGCUCGCAGCAGCCAGAACCCGCCCGCCGGGGGCCCCGCUGGGGGCCCCGCCAGCCAUCCGAACCCCCGAGGCCACCUGCAAGGCAAACCCUGGAAGUAAAGACUCUGUCUGUCUUAGUCAAAUAAAUGUUUUUUCUCCUUUCAGAACCCCUGAGCAGUUCCCCAGCUGGUCAUUUCCAGGAACUGCUGCAGAGGAGAGACCGUGACCCGUAUGAUAGGCCCUCUCCCCUCUCCCUGUCCCCAGUUCCUUCCGACAUCCCGCUCCGGAAGGGUCUGUACACAAACCGGCGGCAGGACAGGCUCCAGUGCCCUCCCUGUUAUCUACAAAACAGUUACGUCUCUGAAACUGAGUAGGAAAAAAAGAGUCUCGUUUUGAGGGGCUUUAAUGUUUUUUGACAAAGGUCCAGCUUGUUUUGGUCUGUAUCCCGUGUUGUUCUGUAAAUACUUCAGUCGCAUCGGGUGUGUUCCUCCCAGCCGGUUCUUUUUCACUCACAUUCUGGGUUUCAUGAAGGUUCUCCUGGUAGGCUCUGCCGCCUGAGAAGCUGGGCCUGGGGCGCUGGUGGUUCUUAGCUUCCAGCCUUGCCGGAGCCCCCCAGCAAGGUCCCACCGGCUGAGGUGCUCUUCCCAGCUCACGAUGCAGGCCUGCCGGAGCGUGGAGGCCGGUGAGGCCCAGCAGCGCAGCUCUCACACUGCCCGAGGGUUCCCCCUCGCCAGAUGUCUCGUGGAGCUUCACCGGCGAUGGCAUGCGCCCCAUCCACGUGCAGGGCUGCGGAGGGAGAGGGCCUUUGGGCCCCCCCCCCCCCCCCCCCCCCCGGAGCCGGCCCUCCUGCGUGUAGCAGUUGUGAGUUUCUACUACCCAGCUCAGGUCCUUCCACCUUAGGUGGGUAGAAGUCACGGCCACUCGAAAACCUUGGCUUCGGGUGGGCCAAGGAGACACACAGGUGAGGACGGCUCCCCUUGCUCUGGCAGAGCGGACAGCCCCUUCAGCCCUCGCUUAAAAUGCAGUAUUAGUCUAACUGAGUAAUUAGUGCAAUUUCCUGCUUACUUUUCAUUCUCACGACUGAGCUGUGAUUACGAGGUUGUGAUUAGAGAUUCUGGUUUGGGCCAGAAUUUUGAAUCAGCAUUAAUUGAAUUGCUAGAUGACUGACAUUCAUUCCAUUUAAUUGGGGGAACAAAAGACCUCAGGUAAGGAUGAGGAACUCUGAAAUCCUCAGGAAAAGGAGAAGAGCCUUGUUAAUUUUUAUGGUCUGUGAUCUGUAGCUGUGAUAAGGAACCGAGGAAUAAAUUGUACUCUUCGUCAUGGCAACCAGCAUCUGAAAAGCCAACUGAAAAUUGCCUGUCCUUAGGUGGUUCCCACCUGCUGGGUGAGAUUCGCCCUAACGGCGCUCUUCUCUCGCCAUCAAAAAAAGGAAAAAGUACCACCGUAUUUCCAGCAUGGGGGCUGUGUUUUUUAAGAGAAGUAAAGGUAAUAAAUAUCUCGUAGAGACAUAUGGAAAAAUAACUUUCAGGUUCAGCCCAGUUCUGAUUUAGUAUGUUUAUUCCUCUCUACUUGAUUUCCAAAGUACCACAUUUUCCGAUGCUUUAGAAAUCAAAUAGACCAGCGACAUUGUUCCGAUGUCAAGCCGUGCCCAGUUUUCCACAAGAUUCCAGAAUCGUGUAUAAAAUGCAGCCAAUGUACACACAGCUUUAAUGAGGAGCCUGUCAUGUUCCCCCAUAAAUUUAUUGCCUGAGAACUUAGUUCAGCCUUUGCAAAUGCCAAAAGGCUCUGGCUUUUUAUUUUCUUUACAACAUAAAUUUUUUAAAAUGCAAAUUUUUCCACACUCAACUUUCCCCUCGCAUGGACAAGACUCUCAGCCAUUUUGACACAUAUGCAUUUUUAAGAAAACAAAAAAUGUUUUCUCUGUAACACAGUUGUGGUUGUGCCAUUUUCGAGUUGACUAGCCAGGAGUUUGGAUUUCCCCAUGGGAGUCUGUUCGGGGAGUGAAUGGUGGGCCCCCUUUCUUCCUACCCUGCAUCCAUCGCCACCGCCGAACAACGCCCGAGUGGUGGAAACCACCGCACACGUGUGGACAGCCAGGUUAGCCACACCUGCCGGGACCGCUGCGCAGUCAGCAGAGCAUUCUGGCAGGUUGAGGUAUUUACGUGUCUUUGUCACAGUGCUCUGCCCCGCUGGUGAGGAUUUUCAGUGACGACUCCUCAAAGACCUGUUCGGACUCCGCACUAGGGGCGUUGAACGUCACUCGCAGAGUUUUUCCAUUGCUUCAAAUGUUCAACUUGACUCGUUUCUUCGUUAGAUUAACUGACGUGUGUUAUUGAAGCGACCAGUGGUACUUUGUGCUGUUAUGAACGUCGAAGAUUAAAGCACAUAGUUAUUAA